GGGGCCGAGCGAGCGCUGAGCUGACAGUAGGCCGGCGACGUCACAGUGGGCCGGUUGAGCCUUCCUUCGUUCGAUUCAGGCAGGCUCUCUCUAUUCAUUUUACAUGUAGCAAGCAGGGUUUGCCGGGGCAGUUCAGACAUGGGAAGUGAGCAUUACUGCCUGAGGUGGAACAAUCAUCAGAGCAACUUGCUGGGUGUGUUCAGUCAGCUACUUGAGUCGGAAUCGUUGGUUGACGUGACGCUGGCGUGCACGGAGGGACCUUCGAUACGAGCUCACAAGGUUGUCCUCUCCGCGUGCUCCAGCUACUUUCAAGCCCUAUUCCUCGACCAUCCAAAUCGACAUCCAAUCGUGAUACUGAAGGACGUACGUUUUACGGAAUUGCGAACACUGGUUGACUUCAUGUACAAGGGUGAGGUUAAUGUCGAGUACUGCCAAUUGUCGGCGUUGUUGAAGACCGCGGAGAGUCUCAAGGUCAAGGGCUUGGCGGACAUGACGAACAUCAAUUCGGGAUGCUCGUCGAGGGAUGAACAUCCGCAACAAACGGGACAACAACAGUUGUCCCAUCAACAACACACGAACUCGGAGAGUGGGAGAGACAGGGAAAGGGAGAGGGACAGGGAAAAAGAUAAAGAAAGGGAGAAAGAGAGCACAAUGUCGAUGACUACGACAACAACAACGACGACGACGACGACCUUAAACACAACAUCGUCCUCGAACAAUCCCUCUAAUCCUAUGGACUGUAAUGAACAACCUCAGCAACAAAUACAACAGCAACAACAACAACAACAACAACAACAACAAUUGGUCCUUCAGCAUCAAGCCGCUGCUCUUGCCGCAUCCGCUGCUGCAGCGAGUAGCGAAACGAUCGAAGCGGUCGAUAUGACCGACUGUCCAGCCUCACCUCCUGGACCCGCCAGCCCCUGUCUAGCUCCCCUUGCCCUCGAUCGGCCCAGGCGAGACUCCGAAGACGCCGUCAGUUUAGAAGAAACGAGAGGUUCGCUUAGCCCAAUAUCCGUUCAUAGCGGACCAAGCGACAUGAGUCUUAGUAACAAUAAUGCCGCUACAACCGGUGUUUUGCCACUUAAUCUACCACAGAGCAGACUUCCGUCCCCCCACAGUACAGAGCCACUCGCCGGACCAUCCGGACUACCUCCGGUUCAACAAGUUCCUCUUUCGUUGAAGAAGGAAGUAGAUUGGGAGAGACCGAGCGAGGAGCGUUGCGCGAGCAGCGAAAUAUCGACGGACUACAGACUCCCACCAGAUCCGGUGAGUCUAUUUUCGGUUUCGUUGGCAUUGGGUCUGGACGCGGGUGGUUGGGGGGCCCUGGUGGAGCGCGCAGGAAGUCAUUCGGCAAGUCCAAGUCCAUUGUUGGCUCAUAGCGCCGGUUUCGCGGGUCUGGCGAGCCUGGCUCGUCGCUGCGGUGUUUGUUUGGCGACUUUCCCCUCGGCUUGGUUGUUGGAACGUCACGCAUUAUUGCAACACGCUGGUCAGCCGAACGACGACAAGCCCUUUACGUGUGAGCAAUGCGGCCAGCGUUAUCGCUAUCGUUCCGCUUACGUGAAACAUCGGGAGCAGAAUCAUCGGGCAAGGCUGCCGGCUGACAAGCUUUUCACUUGCGACGUGUGCGGCAUGCAGUUUCGGUAUCUCAAGUCUUUCAAGAAGCACCGUUUGAACCACGCGCUGGAACGUCUGCAGCGUGGAACCGGCGAACAGGCGAACAACAACAACAACAACAACAACAACAACAACAACAACAACAACAGCAGCACGGGUUCGUCAUCCUCGAUAUCCUCGUUGCUAUCGAGGGUGGAAAGAAGCGAUCAAGUCUCGAGCACAGGCGAACCUUCGCAAUUGGAUACCGGAAGCAACCAGGGUGAUCCGGAGGAUGUCGCUCGGGGGGAAAGCUUCGGCGAGAACGCGAGGGACGAGGCAAUCUCGGAAACUGCCAGUGUCCAGGAGAACCCAGAUCUGCAGGAAGUUCAAGCGAUGGAUCUCGGGACCAGUUCCGGUCUCGGGACUUCAAUUUCCACUGUUAAUCGAACCAGCGCUGUUCGAGCUGAGAGCGAGCACGGUGACGUGGAAGAAACCAACGUUGAGAAUCUCGCUGAUGAGCUUGAAAUGCGAAGCGCCGAAGCCAACGAGCGCGUCAUUAGUCUCGUCAGCAGCAGAGCCCAUCACCACGAAAAUGAUCGACGCGAGAGACGCUUCGCUUGCCCUUUCUGCGGCAAAUGUGUUCGCUCUAAAGAAAAUCUCAAGCUUCACGUUCGCAAGCACACCGGCGAAAGGCCCUUCGUUUGCCUCUUCUGCGGACGAGCUUUCGGGGGUAAAAGCGAUCUGACGAGACACCUUCGGAUACACACCGGCGAACGACCUUAUCACUGUGAAAUGUGCGGUAAAUGCUUCGCCCGAGCUGAUUAUCUUUCCAAACAUCUUACAACUCACAUCCAUCACAAUCAUCAGCGCUAAGCAAACUCAAAAUCUCCCUCUUCCGCUGUUGAGGCCUACUUUUUUCUUGCCCAAUCGAAUUCUUUCAACACUUUCGUUACUCGAGCCUUAACAGCCGCUUAUUUUUCAAAUUCCUCAUUUCGGAGCGUCCCAAAUUCAAAUAAUUGCCAAUUCUCGUGAAAACCCAAUUCCGCAUAUUCCCCGGUUACGAUUAAGCCAACACGAAAACGGUUUGCCUGAGAAUUCGUCUCCUUGAUCAUCGCCCAUUCGAGCCGAACUCCUUCCAACUGGCUUGGAACGAGUGACCCUGACUAGUGAACGGCGCUUCCUGGGAAAAUCAAAUUCUCAUUUUCCCAAAACUAUUUUAAUCAGCGUGAGCUUCCUCCACCAAAUCCCAGAUAUUAAAAAAAAAACCCCCCAAAAUGUGGUGCCACGGAACGAAGCUAAAUUCGGAGAGCUUUACAUCACUCAUUUCCGGUUUAAAUAACACCGAGGAUUCUGCAUCCGCGUACGAAAAUCCAUCAGAAGUCAAUUAAAAAGGAGAGAAACAACAAAAUGGAGAACGCGGAAGGAAACGAUUGUCGAGGGGAUCGCACCGCUCCUUCUGAGGGCAAACGGUUUCGAGAUCCAGGAAAAGGUUUGAUCCACGACGUAACUUGUCUCGAAAGAGGUGAGUUUUAAUAUUCAAAAAAAAACAGAAAAAAAAAUUAUUCUUAACGAAUUCGUUGAGUCGAGUUUUAUUUGUAAAUGAAAAAAAAAAAAAAAAAAAAACAUGCACACACGCACACACAUACACGCGCGUAUAUGUAUUGAAUAUACGCGCUAGUGAGAAUAAUUUUGUGAUAAGAGGACUUGAAAUACCAAAGAAUGAAGCUCUUCGUUAAGGGCAUGGCGAUAAGAGUGGCGAGUAUUGAAUUUAUUGAAAUACUCGUCCACUGAUACGGAUCAACGAAUUUUGUGGAUAUAGCAAGUUCAUAUUUUCUUAAUAAUUUUCGUUAUAUAUAAAUUUGUUUUUUCGUAAUUAUGGUUUUCCCACAAUUUCUGUGUUUUUUCACUUCAGCUAUUAUUGUUCUCUUAUAUUUAUGUCUCGAACGACGAGUGAUAUUAUAAUUACGCAUUCAACGCAAAAGCUGGUCGAUUCGUGUAACGAUCGCACGGGCUGCGUACACACGAAUCUACGUAAAUAUUGAAGAAUAUAUUAAAACGGAAAUAAUGAAUAAUGGUAAUUGUGUUAGAUCGGAGGAUUAGAACGUGGGGAUAAGGACGUAAGGAAUUUAGAAAAAAAAACACAAAAAAUACGGCAGAACUCGCCCCGGAAAAUGGACACACUGGAUUACGGUUACGUUCUUCGACGAGGAAUGAAAUUUUUAUUCGUAACAAACUGAAAUACGGGAAGAGGAGAAUGCGAAAGAACGAAGUUACGCAGAAAAAGAUGAUUUUUGAUCGCAAACUUCCGGAAAACGUGCCGGUGCCUUUGAAUCCCGGAUCCCUUUACGUGGAUUGCAAUAAUUUAUCUUUGUUUUUCCUCUUCCUCCGCACAAAUAUACUAUUCGAUAAAAAUUUAUCGAAGCUCUUUCUCCAGUUAAAUGGAUCGAGAUGGUUCAGACUCGAACAAUGCUGUAUGCUCGAUCAGUUGCCACUAAAAAAUCGAUACCAGCACGAAUUUUCGUCAGUUUUCAUAAUUGAAUUCGAAGUAUCCCUGGGAGUGGGGCAUUCUCGCAAACGGAAUUACGGAAAGUUGCUAAUGAGACAGUGUGCAUUUGGAUUUUCAACGAUGACUCGAAAAAUUCGUCAUUUUUCGUAACACGUCGAAUAGUUUGUUACUCUUUUGAAAUCUCCCCUCGAAUAUUUGGCAAAUAAAAAAGAAAAGCUGAAUCAUCUCGAAACAAGGUUCGUUCGUCUGCAAAAUACGCACACAGGACUUUUGACAUGUUCGACAUUUUCGAGGCGGUUCGCCAUUGAAAUACGACGAAAGCAUCGCCCCCCAAAAUGGGAAAUGAAAUUCACUCUCUUUUUCUGCAAUCUCAUUACCUGAGUUCGUACGCGUUAUUAAUAUUCAUAAAUAUACAUGUGAAACAUUAUACACAGUCGCGAAUACCCCCUGUAAAGCGAUCGUUCAACGUUCCACCGUAAGCAACGAACGAUGAAUGUACAUGUAGAUUCUAUAUUAUAUACUAAUAGUGUUUAAUGUCAAUGCUCCUCUUGUAAAUGGCUUUACUUUGUCCAUUGAAUGUCCGUACCAUUGAUUCACCGGAUAGGCCGAGAGACACGACUGGCGAUUGCGAUUUUCGCCUCAAACUUUUUCCACCCUUUGUUCUCAAUUGGCUUUUCAUUUGCAACUGCAAUUAACGAGUUUGUUCGAUACUAAAUUUGAGCGAGGCGUGGUCUGCUUGAAAUUCGAACGAUCGAGUUGAAGAGCGUUCGUUUUUGAAGAGUUUUUGGCUCGCCUCUGGGCUUUCUCCACUCGCACAAUCGACUUAUCGUGCUCUCGUGCUGAAGACACCAAGUGUUUGUACCGGUGAACAAAUAAUUUGAUAGAAGGUGCUAAUUAGAUGUUUAAGGGUCCGAAUAAUCGCUGAGUGCCGUCCGGCCGGCCGUCUCGCACAGCCAACGAAGGAAAUAUACUAAUAACAUAAUAACAAUAACAUAUAUUUAAGGGGAUAAGCGGUAAAGAGGGAAGAAGAAAGUAACGUUUUGAGAGAGAAAAAAAUGAAAAAUACUGAUAAUAAAGUAAGGAAACGUUAUCGACGAUGUCUUUUGUGCCAAAAAUUGAUAAAAUUUGUCACACCUAACGAGUAUAAAGGUCGAUAGAUAUAUAUGCGAAAGAGACUUGUUUAUACGCUGGAAAAGAAAAGAAAAGAGUAAGAAUCCGUCGAACGUAAUGUUUCAGUUUCCCUCCAAGUUACGAGACCGGCCAGGCGUGUUCGAGUGGCCAAAAACUAAUUUAACGUAAUUUUAAAAUUAGGCUUAACACGUCUCGAUUAAGAUCGUUAAAAAGAAGAAAUGUUUGUGUAGUUUAUUAAGUGACAAGAAGAUCGCGUGCAACGAAGGACAAUCGGCGACGUGGCGAUUUCACACACAAGAAAAUAAAUCAUUCUAGUUUUUCUAUUCGUUUAAGUAAUUUAACAAAUAUUUACGUCGCGCGAUUUUAAUGAAAAAACUCAAGGAGCUUUUUCCGACCAAUAAUUUUGCCGGCUCUUUAUGUUACCCCGCGGAUUUAACGGAUAGAAAAAUGGCUGCAGGUACGCCAGUUCUUUCCGCUUCCGACUCGAUGAGUUUCCGGUCACGUGCCGCACUUAAAUCAAGCAUUAGACCAUCUUCAAACUCGGGGCACGUUCUCGCGAUCCCCGCGCCGCUUCUCUUCCUUGUUCUCAUUACUCUCUACACUUCCCUCUACCUUUUUGGUGAAGCUCGUGAUCCAAAAAAAGUCGAAAUUCGCCCAAGACGUUCUCAAUUUCGUGGCAAUAUAUUUGCGAAUGUAAUUCGACGCGAAUUCGAGUUGAAAAUUCGUCACAGCCUCCAAUCGGAUUUUAUUUAUUCGACAUUCGGAGCUUCUUCCUCACGAAAAGCUCAACAAAACGUUUUCUCUUUGCGUGCUAUCGUCUCACUCGCCUUGUCCACCAUAAAAAGAAACACGAUUUCAAGAAAGCAACGAAAACCGUGUUAUGGUUACGAAAAACUCGGAAUUCCGGUUAAACAAUUAUGAAAAGCUUGCUCUCUGAGCGAGAGACGAUUGAAUUAUUCUCUCGCGCGUGCGCGCGCGCGCGCAUCGUAAUCGUUAAAUGGCAGCAGAUUCAAGCGAUUUCAUGACACCUGGCUUUACGGUUUUUGCCCUCGUCGAAUAACACUUCCUUUUGAACAGUUCGAUGGAAAAUCAAAUUAUAUUGAAAGACACAAGACACGCGCGAACAAAGAGAAACAGAGGCAUGUGCGACGUAUAAAAAAUAAACGGCAGAGUGGGCACCGCAUUCGUUCUCUUUUGCUCGAUAGUAUGCGAUCAAAUUUAACGUUGUAGCCUUUUUUCAUUCAAUUGUAUGACAGUGAAGGCAAAAAGCUUUUUUCGUUCUCUCAUGUGCACCUUUUAUAAUUGUAAAUAAUUCAAGGGUUUCGAUUGAAAAGGUAUCGCGUUGCCGGAGCACUCAAUCGGACACAAAUACUUGUGGUUUUCAUGCUCGCUCGAAUAUCGUUUCGUCGAAAAAAAACAGGUGAAAAAACGGCGGACACACAAUGACGAGAGAACUAAAACGAAAUACACACGAUCCCUUGAAACAUAACGCUCGAAAAUGCGAUUUUUCUCUCAAUAACAUAUUCGGUCACGGCUCCGAUGACAAAGUGAUGUAGGAGGAUUCACGACGUCCAAUUUCUCCAAUCAUCCUCAAUUUACGCUACCGUUUAUUUUUUAAAUAUCUCUGGGCAAAAAAGAAAAUAGAAAAAUCCACGUUUCGCUAUCGAAACGGUCCUUUUAGUGUUGGCACUUUGUGAUCAUUUUGCGAGAAAUCUACGAACCAAUCGAAUAACCAACAAUAUCGAAUGCUCGUUACUUAUUUUUGUGCAUUCGUCAUUUUUUUUCCUCGCCCAUUUUUCCAACGGCGGUGUACAAUUUUUCGGUAACGAAUUGUUCGGAUAACGAAAAAAAUAACGAAAGAUUCUCAUAUUUUGUCGAACCUUCAAAAAUCCUGAAACAGGUGUUAUGAAAUUGGAAAGGGCAUUUUUUUAAAAGAGCGAUAUAAAUAUAAGUAAUUAUCUCUGUACAACACCAAGUAAUGCGUACGCAUAAUUAAAUUAAAAUACGCACAUGAGUGUAAAUAAAUUCGUAUUAGAGAGGUUCAAGAAAAUCAUUUUUUUCGAGGGAUUUCUGCGUUUCGAAAUUCUCGUUAAUCGUUGAAAAGUAAAUUUCGUUCGAAACACUCCAAAUCUUCAUAAUCUUUUUUUCUAAACGUAUUUCGCAAAAACAAUUUUUUUUAAUGCAAAAAAGUAUUAUUAAUUUUAUUAUUUCGACAUUCUCAUUUCAGUGUUAUCAAAAUUAUUGAAUAUCGUAUAAAAACUCGGAGGAACAAUGUUUCGAGAGCGCGAAAAAUGUUGAAUAGUAGCAGAAAGACCGUAGCCCGAAAGCGAAAAUUUUGUUGAGCCACUCUGGUACGAAACGACGAGGAGAAAAUAUAUUUAAUGAAUGUUCCUAUAUUUAUACCUUAAGGAUAUAUAUUAAGUGUAACAAUAUUGAUAUUCGAUGGUGGUUUCAAAUUUUUACCAAAAAGAUGAAGGAAAAAAAUGAGAAAAAAGUGAAAAAACGAUAAAAAAAAAAAUAAAAAUAAAAAUAAAUAAAAACGAGCAUAAAUAAUUGAUAAAUUGCGUGUCUGUCCUAGAGCUCAGUCGUGAGUUCAACGAGUGCACAAAAUAUAAAAGUAGUGCGCGCAUGAAUUUUAAACGAGUAUGAAAAGGGAAGAGAGUUACGUAAGCAAUGAUGCGCGGAGGAGGCGACAAAACAGAAAGAAAGAAAAAAAAAAAAAACAAAAACACGAGAAUCCUAAUUGAGUGAAGAGAAUUAAUUAAGAAGGGAAUAAGCUUGAGGUUGAUGCGUACAGGCGAAAGGAUUUUAAGGGAGUUUACAAUGUAAGCAGGUCGCGCGUGGCGGAGGCAAGGGUCUUCCUAUAUUGACUGAACGAUCAGAUGUGAUAUACGCGUAAGAAAUAAUUAUUGAUAAUUAUUUACCAUAAUUCGUAUAUAUAUAAUAUAUAUAUAUAGUAUAUAUACGAGCAUAUAUAUAUAUAUAUUAUAAUUAACGAUUAUUAGUAUGGUUACGAUAUACAAACAUUAAAUCUAUAUAUAUAUUGUGUAUAGGUAGAUAGGUGCAUAUACAAUGUUUUUAACUGGUUUAUCGAUGUUCCGAGGAUAUUAACUAAUAAUAAUAAUAAUAAUAAUAAUAAUAAUAAUAAUAAUUAAUACUAAUAUAAUUGAAUAUGAAUAUUAUAUAUUCGAAGUUUUAGGCCAAGUGUAUUCGAAAUAGAAAAAAUCGAUUUAUAAAUAUCUCCAUUUCUUCCUCGAUCUAUAACUGUUUUUUUCUCUCGCGAUUGAUCGUGUUUUCUUUUUUUUUUUUUUUUUUUCUUCCAAGUACUGCGUUGUACAGGGGCAUCAAGAGCGAAACUUGAACAACGAAUAUUUUUUUAUUACAACGCAUUCGCUGUUACAUUCGCUAGCAGUGCAGAUAAUUUAUAAGAGUGAAAAUUAUAAGGAAAAAAAAAAACGAAGAAAAAUAAACUUACACGUUGCCUCGAUAUUGCGUUCAAUAUUCGCCUGAUGUGCGCGUUCAAAGAUCCAAUCAUUCGUUCGAUCUAUUCCUGCGCAUUAUCUCCGAUACUAUCAAUACAUAUAUAUAUAUAUAUAUAUAUUCUAUUUGUGAUGUAAUACUAGUUUUUUGGGAGAAAAAAAGUACAAGGAUCUGAGGGAAGCACGCGGUAUAUGUCCUCGAUCAAGCUCGCGCGUCGAGUCCCUGUACAACGAGCACGCGUGUUCGUUAGAGCGAUUGCGCUUCGAUCUUUUUAUCUCGAGUUUCCUCCAGAGAUUUUUCUUCUAAGUCAAUAUUUUCGUGUGGUUUUCUGUGAUCUCCGAAUGGAGGAUUUUAGAUUCCAUUGACGCUGCUGCGAGAUUUCGGGCCCUUCUGUUUUCACUGGGGCGACAAAUUUCAUGAAAUUGGUGAGCUCACGAAAAACAAAAAAAUUUAAGAAAUACCACUGAGUCGUUGGUAAAUUGCAGGUUUUCAUGGUUUAAGGAGAAUCUUUUUUCUAAAAUAAUAUCAAGUUGGAGCUAAGAAACUCGAAAUAAAAAAUCAUCUCAAUGUCCACUCUAAUAAAUGUAUCAUGAAGAUACGUUACUGAAAAAAAAAAAAAAAAAAAAAAAAAUAUAUAUAUAUAUUAAAAUAACAAAAUCAACUCGAGAUAACGCGUUUCGUGCAAUAACGCAGUUUGCUCAAUCCUCGAUGUCCGUCGAUCGUCGCGAUGUGGUCCACGUCCGUCCACACGUACGAUACCGACCAUAAAUUAGAUAAAUAUUACAAUUAACGAUAAUGAAUCUAAGAAAAAAUACCAAAAAAAAGUAACUAAAACAAAGCUAAAAAUCUUAAUCUCUCUUUCUCUCUCUUUUCAUCCUCCUCGAGUCUCGAUGUCCUUGGUGUCUAUUCUAAAUUACGAAAGAUAAUAAAAAAAAGCGAUGAAUAACGCUCCGAAAAAAUAAAAAAAAAAAAGAAACAAACAAAAAAUGAAUAAAAAGAAGGUAAACGAAUAAAAACAUUUUAAUAAUCCUUGUCUGUGUAGAGUGUCGAAAGUAAAAAAUGUUUCUCUCUUAUUCAGUGUGUUUGCAAAAUGCUCCCACGUCCAUUCGAUCGUCGUUCAUUUGCAUUCACCAAUUUACUGAACGGAUUCCUCAUCAAAACACCACAAUUUCUCUUCUGUUAUUUUCCAUUUCGUUGAAUAUAGCCCGACAUAAGAGAAAAAACGAACUUUCUAGAAUAAUUUACAACGAGACACGAUCGGAAGUUGUGUUAGAAAAAAUAAACUAAAGAAACAAAAAAAUAAAAACCUCGUAGAGAAAAACAAGAAAACGCGCCAGUCGCGUUUCGUACGACCAAAGAACGAUGAGUGAUGGAAACCAAAGUGCAAACAAGAAAAAAAAACAAAACAUAACGAAGAAACACAAAUACCCCCCACCCUGCUCUCUCUCACAAUUUUAAAUCACAAAUUUUUCAAUUAUUCCUACUACAUCAUCUUUAGACAUCAUCAGAACAAAUGUUUUCGAUUCUUUCAAUUACGAUCUUCGGCAUAAUCAGGAUAAACUCAAUCACAUAAAACAAGAAAACAAAAAAAAAUUUUGCAAUCACUCUGCCAAAAAAAAACACAAGAAUAUUAAAGGAAAAAAAAUUGAAAAAAAAAAAAAAAACAAGAAUAAGAAAAAACCUUCGUGGCCGUACUAUCAUCGUUUUAUCGUGUACCUUUAUUAGACUUAUAUGUAUAUGUAUAUUUGUAUAUAUACAUAUAUGUGUGAAAUAGCCUAUAAUUAUAUAUAUAUAUACAUGCAUAAAUAAGAUGUAUAUAUAAAUAUAAUGGUGAGUCAUAUUGCAGGGCCGCGAUUUGAAAGAUUCGAUGAAUAAUCAACACCGUAUGCCUGUUCAUCAUAUGAUAUUUAUAUAUAUGUAUAAUAGUUGAAAAAUAUUAUUAUAUAUGUAUUUAAAUAAAAAUGCGUUUAACGGCCAUUGCAAUGUGACGUGGAUGUUAGAGAUAUUUUUCAACUUGUACUAAAUGUGAUAAUUGAUGAAUUGACAAUGAGCAAUCUAACUGUAAUAUAAAUAUUAUUAUAUUAUAUGAUAAAUAUAAAUAAAUGAAUAAAUAUAUAUAUGAAAAAAAAAAACAGCAAAAAAAAUGAUAUAUGAAAUAUAUGAAUCGAUGUCUGUCGUACAAGCCGUAAAAAAAAAGGAAAAAAAAAAUAGGAUUUUAAACAGUUAUAUGAAUGUGUUAGCUAUACGUGUGUAUAUUUAAUUUCAAAGGAUAACGAAGAAAAAAGCGUAAAAAUUAAAAAAAAAAAAAAAAAAAAAACAUGAAUAAAUAAGUAAAGCAAGAAUAUUGAAUUUUAAAGCGUCGUGUGGAGUCAACAGUUCCGAAUUUUUGUUCCCUCGGAAAAAUAAAUAUCUAAGAUUAUGUACCAAGAAAGAUCGCAACAGUCCACAAUUCGUCCAAUGACGCGAGGUGAUAUAAUUACGAAUAAAUAAUUAUUGCAUACCGCAAUGGAAAGGAGCGAAUUUUUCGACGAAUUUUCACAAUUAUUAUUCUUCAUUGACGAUAAAUAAUUCGCCCGUUUUUAACACAAAGCUGUACACAAGUAUUUUUUCAUACCGAUGUCGACGAUGGGAAAAAAUAAAUUUUCAAAUGAAAGUACGAGAGUUUUAACACGUUCUCGCAAUUAAUUAGACAAAUGAGGGAAAAUCACGCGCGAGACUCUUUUCUUUCUUAACCUCUCAAUCUAUAACACUUCAAUAAUAAGCACUUGAAUAUUCAAGAUCAAAUGUAAUAAAAUAAUAUUAAACUGGUACAAAAAAUGAAUGUCCUCACUGAAAUCCGAUCCCUCUUAAUCGCGGUGUAAGCUAUAUAUUCAUUCAUUAUUAUUCAUUGACCAACGGUUUAUGGGGAAAAAAAAACAAAAAUAUAAAUUACACAUGCCAAAUAAAAUAUGCGAACCACCUCGCGCCAAUGGUGUUUCCGUGCGUAAUAAUAAUACUAAUACUGUAAUUAAUCGUAAAUUACUACUAAUAAUAAUAAUAAUAAUAAUAAUAAUAAUAAUGAUAAUGAUAAUAGUUAAUAAUUAUUAUAAUUACACAGUAUAUACACAAACGAACACGUGCGUAACCGUACAUGUACACUUACCACACAAUAUUUAACCGAUUGUUGUCUACGAUAUAAUGUUAUUUUUCUAAUUCAUAUUCAAUUGUUAUUGUUGAGAACGAGAACAUCGAAUUUUAGGACGAAUAUUCGCUUCGAUUCAUCAACGCGAUUUCGCUGCUUUUUUCGAACUCUUCCUCGAGAACGCAGCGCGAAUUUUAAUUCCAAUUCGUCAAACUAAAAAAUUAAGGAGACGCGGAGAUGUGUUGUAUUUGCCGAAUAUAAAUGGCUCAAAAAUGGCAAAAAAAAAAAACGAAAAUAAAAAAGAAAACGUGACGGGGAUGAAAAAAUUGAGGAAUCGAAGCUCUUCGACUUCCUCGAACGGGGAGAGGACUUUGACGAAUAAUGCGAAACUCAAUUUCCAAUAUGAGUUUUCAAGGAACAAUUGCAAUGUGGCAAUUGCGAGCACGGUUAACAAAAGAAUAAUAAAAAUAUUGAUAAAGUUGAAAAAACUAAAAAAAAAAAAACACGAAAGAAAAAAUAAAUGACUAAUCCUUUCGAUUUUUAACGGGUGUAGCUCUUAAGAAUGCAGUGAGGCGUCGCGAACGUAUGACAAAAAUAUACCGAACAAACAUCGAAGGAUCAUUGUAAAAAUGAUAUCGACCUCGAUCUUUUUUUAAUCAUUUUAUCUCGCAAUGAAAAAUGAAAUAAGACGAACAGGACUCGAUGUCAACGUGUCGUAGAUAACGAAUAAAUAUAUUAAAAAAUAACAAAAACAAAAACAAAACGAAAAAUACAAAAAAAAACGAUAAAACAAUUCAAUGUGUACGCUUGUGCUGACUAAUUCGAAUAAUUCUCCCAAUAAUUGACAGUUUUGAUCAUCACUUUGCAUUCCCUCGUGUACUUUUCACCCCCUUCAACAACGCAACGUUACUAAAGAAUUAUUCGUUGACUUUUCGAAUAAGAAAAUGUCGAAGAAGUAAAUGGUGAGCAACUUAUUUAAAAAUUACACAUUUGAGAAAAAAUUAUUCGAAAUAAGAAGUUGAAUGGAUGGAAAAGGAUGCUGAUAAAUAGUGAAUUAUUGGGAAUUUUAUUUUUCAUCAUUACGUGAAAUUCGUGUUACUACGCCGAGGAUAACGUCAAUGGAAUUGAUGCAUCGACGAACUUGAAAGAAAGGAUAAAAAAUAAAAGAAGAAAAUAAACAAAUUUGAGAGCGACAAUUUUGAUGGCGUUAAAUCGAAUGUUUGAAAAGCUCUUCAGGCCUACGAAGCUACUACACCACCUAUAUUGAUAUAUGUAUAUCGUAAAAUAUGAUUUGUUUUCGACUAUAAUUUGACGUCUUUAUUUGCAACGGAAGGAUUUGCCAAGGGCCAAGGGCGGUGUGCUGGCUUUCGGAUAAUGCUGCGAGCGCGUAUUGUAUUUUUUGUAAGGCCAAUUCUGCCAGAUUGUGAUAACCGAGUUCGCAACAUCGUCGAUAGCCAUCGCCGGUGCACAGAGCCUCCUCCCUCGUUCAUCGAACCUAAUAAAUUUACAGGCGAUUUACGAAUGGGAAAGAAGUAAGAAAAAAGCGAAAAUAUUUAAAGCGAACAAAACCAUUGAGCAGGCAUUCAUUUCCGAUCGGAUGGACAGCUCGACACGAACUCGACGCGAAUUCAAAUUAAGCAAAAGAAAGAAACUUGACUCAGAAGUCGAUUGAAAACUUUGCGAAUGAGUUAGAAAUUCAUUACAUUGCAUAAAUGAAUUUUUCGAGUUCGAGUGGAGUUUGAUAACGUAUGCCAAAAGGUUGAAACCCAUUUUUUGGCCCAGGCCCCAAUCCAUGUCGACGAUUCGUCGGGAAUGUAACAAUUCGAAGGAUUUUUUUUUUUCAAACUGGCCAGAUUGUGGUGAUCGUUACAUUAUUUAGCGACUAAAAAAUUAAAAUGAAAAAAAAAAAAAAAAAAAAACAGACAUAAAAUAAAUUAUAACGUAUAUCAGUGUCGUGGAAAGAGCGACUGAGCUCGUCGGUGUUGUGGGUAUACAUACUCGUUCCUAGCAACUCGUAUGACGAUUAAUAACUCAUACUACUCAUAACAUUGCAUUGAUCCACUUUAAUCUACUUAUUCGAAAAAUAAAUAAAUACAUUCUGUCCAAUCUCAA